CUUGAGCGCCUUUAAUUAGUCUCCCCGUCCGUCCAUCCAUGGCUUAUCUCCAGUGCCAGCAGCACCGGCGUCCCACUUUGCUUCUCGAGAGCACGCACUAGCUAGCUAGGUACCGUACCCACUGGCCUAAGAACAAGGACGGAGGAGAGGAGGCAGGAGGCAUUCGAUCGUGCGCUCCAUCGCCUUCAGUUUUUGCCAUUUGUGUCGUGCAACAAGCAUCGGCUAUUCUCGCUGUAGGUUAGGUGCAUCAUUCGGAUAAGGUAUCGUACAGACUACACCGAGAGCAGGACGUAGGGAGGGAGUUUUCACUCAUGGGCACGGAUGCUUUGCCUCGGAUCGUGUCAUAUAGCUCGUGAGCAUCCACGGUAGGUACGGCAAGCAAUGCUCGUGGCGCGGCGUUGCUCCGGCCUGGUGUCGCUCCGUCGCCGGCGAGGCUGCCUGGUCCCUUCUGCUGGAAUGAGGCGCUGCUGGUCGUCGCCGUGCGAGUCUUGAUUCCCCUCACCCAUGCUUUCUUGCUUCCGGCAGCCGCGGCCGGCAGGGGACGCCAGCCAGGAGGGCGCGUCGUCCCGGCGGCCGGCACUGCCGUUCGCGACCGGCCUGUUGUUCGCGUCGUCCCCGUCGACGUCGGGCAAGAACCCGUGGCCGUCGGAGGCGGACGACAUGGAGAAGAAGCGCUGGGACAGCAUGGAGUCGUGGUCCAUGCUGCUGGACACGGCCAUGGGCGCCUCCUCCGGCGGCGAGGGCUCGUCCCGCGACAGCGGCCGCCGCGAGGAGUGGAUGGCCGACCUGUCCCACCUCUUCAUCGGCAACAAGUUCGCCGCCGGCGCCAACAGCCGCAUCUACCGCGGCAUCUACAAGCAGCGCGCCGUCGCCGUCAAGAUGGUCCGCAUCCCCGAGCGCGACGAGGCCCGCCGCGCCGUCCUGGAGGACCAGUUCAACUCCGAGGUCGCCUUCCUCUCCCGCCUCUACCACCCCAACAUUGUCCAGUUCAUCGCGGCGUGCAAGAAGCCGCCGGUGUACUGCAUAAUCACGGAGUACAUGUCGCAGGGGACGCUGCGGAUGUACCUGAACAAGAAGGACCCCUACUCGCUGUCGCCGGAGACGAUCCUGAAGCUGGCGCUGGACAUCUCGCGCGGCAUGGAGUACCUGCACGCGCAGGGCGUGAUGCACCGCGACCUCAAGUCCCAGAACCUGCUGCUCAACGACGAGAUGCGGGUGAAGGUGGCCGACUUCGGCACCUCCUGCCUGGAGACGCGGUGCCAGGCCACCAAGGGCAACAAGGGCACCUACCGCUGGAUGGCGCCCGAGAUGAUCAAGGAGAAGCCCUACACGCGCAAGGUGGACGUCUACAGCUUCGGCAUCGUGCUCUGGGAGCUCACCACCUGCCUCCUCCCCUUCCAGGGCAUGACACCCGUCCAGGCCGCCUACGCCGCCGCAGAGAAGAACCUGAGGCCGCCGCUGUCGAGCUCGUGCCCGCCGUUGCUGAACAACCUGAUCAAGAGGUGCUGGUCGUCGAACCCGGCGAGGCGGCCGGAGUUCAGCUACAUCGUGUCGGUGCUGGACAAGUACGACCACUGCGUCAAGGACGGGACGCCGAUGAUGGUGCACCAGGAGCUCAGGAUCUGGAGCUCCUUCGCCAAGAUCUUCAGGAUGGGGUGCAUCGCCAACAACUUGUCCAUACCGGUGCAUUCUUGAUCAGUUGCCCACCACAUUGAUACACAAUACAGACGCAUUCUGAGCUUCAGACAAAGAUAUUGCUUUGUAACUACGCGCUCGCAUGUAUGUAUAUGCCCUGCUGCUAGCUGUUAAUUAAUUUGUGCUUUAUCUGACAAGUAGUUGGCUUAAUUUCACAUGGAGAUCAAGACCCAACAGUGUAAUACAAGUCUGUAAAUUUUAUAUUUCUCACUGAAAA